AUGUCGGUCGUCACUCAACUCCAGCAGCAAGCUUCACGGGCGUCAUUGAACCUGGACUCGAAGCCGCCAUCGCCAGGCACGCGCCAGUUCUCUCCCAAUGCUUCCAUUGUCCUCGUUGGGUCUCGCGGCUCCGGGAAGCGAACUCUGGGAUUCAUCGGAGCAACGCAUCUUGGCCGGCGUCUAAUUACGGAAGACCACUAUUUCCAAGAGGCGACGGGCAUCUCCCGCGGUGACUUUCUUCGUCAAUAUGGAAAUCAGGAGUUCUACCGACGAAAUGUAGAGGUUCUGAAGCAGAUGCUGGAUAGGAAUAGGACGGGUUGCGUAAUCGAGUGUGGAAUGGGAAGCCUUGCAAAAGAGGCUCAAAAAGCUAUAUACGAAUACUCCAAAACCAAUCCCGUCAUUUACAUCACCCGAGAAAGCGAAAGGAUAAGGCAGUUGUUAAAUCUUGAUGAGAAGGACGCCUCUCGUCUGGAGAGCGGGGACUUAUCCCACAGGAAUUGCUCGAAUCUGGAGUAUUACAACCUAUACGAUCCAAGCUGCGAUGGCUUGAAUUAUAGUGACAAUGGCUUGCCAAGCGUUGCUUCCAGGCUCAAACAUGCUAAAGAAGAUUUUUCUGCCUUUCUUGAUUUUGUGACCGGUCAAGGAGCUGCUCGAAGUGGCUACGAGAGCCCAUUCUCGAUUGCUGCGCUUCCCCCAGAGGAGCGAUCAUUUACAUAUGCUCUAUCUAUCCGGUUAUCAUCCAUUCCCGAAAUUGAUCUGGAAGAGCUGGAGGCAGGUGCCGACGCUGUGCAGCUGAAAAUCGAUACCUUUUUGCCCGAUCUGCAAAAAACGAUUGCAAGACAGGUAGCAACAAUCAGGAGGAAGCUGGCUGUCCCCAUUAUCUACUAUAUUGAAGAGAAUGUCUUUGAGGGUACUGACUACUCAAUGUCUGAAAAGGAAGACAUUUACUUCAUGAUCCUGGAUUACGGUCUCCGUCUUGGCGUGGAAUACAUCGUUGUCGACCUCAAGUACUCAUCCAAUCACACUAGUCGUCUCGUUGAGUGCUCUGGGCGGACGAAAGUCAUUGGGCAUCAUCUGGCAAAGGAAGAGAAUCCAUGGGGCUGGGACGAUGAAGCCCGAAUGAUACAGUACAGGAGGGCUAAAUUGCUGGGCUGCAAUCUUGUACGAUUCGUGAAAUUAACAUCGAAGGAACAAGACAACGAGACUGUUCGAGGUUUCUUGAAGAAAAUCGAGUCAAUUCCUGAUCAUCUGCCAGUUAUCGCAUACAAUAUAGGAGAGUUCGGUCUACCGUCAUUAAUCGAAAAUCGAAUUUUCACACCGGUAACCCAUCCCAUCAUGCAAUCCACGAGCAGUUUAAGUCGGAUUAGGCAGUUCCUCCCAACAGGAGCAGAGGCCAUGAAAGCGCUCUACAGGAACCGAGUUCUUGAUCCUCUUCACUUCUACCAUCUCGGUGCCAGCGUAUUCUACAGUUUAUCGCCGACUAUGCAUAGCGCUGCAUACCAAGUAUGUGGGAUGAGCAAUGACUUCCAAUCCCUCAAAGUCUCGUCUCUAGAGGAUAUUCAUCGUCUUUGUCAAGACCCCAACUUCGGUGGUGCAGCCAUCACCCAACCAUUUAAGGUGCAGGUUCUCAGCCAGAUAGCAGCUCAGAGCUACCACGCCAAAGCCAUUGGUGCUGCAAACACAUUAUUGCCACUGCGAAUGUUGACAGAUAAUAGCCCUCUGGAUAGCAGAUCACUCCUUGAUCAAGCGAACAGGAGAGGCAAGGCUGGGCCGGUGCAUGCAUACUACGGCGACAAUACCGAUUUUAUUGGCAUCUUGACUUGCCUCAGAAGAAACAUGUCACCACGGAACGUUGUGCAGCCUUCUAAGACUACGGGACUGGUGAUCGGAGCCGGGGGGAUGGCACGAGCUGCAAUCUACGCCAUGAUUCAACUUGGAUGUCGGAAGAUAUUCAUGUUCAACCGCACGGUUGAAAAUGCGGAGCAAGUCGCUCGUCAUUUCAAUUCGUGGGCAGCUGGAUUGAGCAGUGAUGGCCAGAUUGUCCGUGUAUUGAAUUCUAAACACGUCGAGUGGCCUUCUAAUUUUAAUUUCCCUACAAUGAUUGUCUCCUGUGUCCCUGGGACAAGCGUAGGGGGCGAUGCUCCUGCAAAUUUCGAGAUGCCGCUUCAAUGGCUAAAAAGCCCUACUGGCGGUGUCGUUGUUGAGCUAUCAUAUCUUCCAUUGGACACACCGUUACUUCAGCAAAUAAGACGAGUACGCGAAGAAACCAAGCAAGCUUGGGUCAUCGUUGACGGCUUGGAGGUUUUACCCGAGCAAGCUAUAGCUCAAUUUGAGUUGAUGACGGGGAGGAAAGCACCCAAGAGGCGCAUGAGACUUGAAGUGCGUCAAAACUAUCACAAGUACGAGCAGCAGGGCCGAAAUUAA